CCCAACAAAGAGAUUAAAUUCAGUUUUCAUUUCAUCCUUUCCUCAGUUUCCUCUCUCUCCUCUUCGGUACUCUUUACAUCCAAAUCCCACCGUCGUCGAGCGAUGCUGUUGCCUCGGUUUCUCGCCGUUGUUUUCCUCUCAUAUUCUCUCUGCUUUUCCAUAACCUUCACUUCCGCCGCCACUCGGCUGCCGCCCGACGAAGUGGAUGCAUUGGAGGAAAUCGGAAGAACAUUAGGGAAGACGGACUGGGAUUUCACGGCGGAUCCAUGCGGCGGCGUUGCUAGUGGUUGGAUAUCGAAAUCGAAUCAAUUCGAUACUAAUUUUGAUAAUAACGUCACUUGCAAAUGCAACUUCCAAAAUAAUACCGUCUGUCACGUCACUAACAUUCUUCUCAAGGCGCAGAGCCUUCAAGGUACUCUGCCACCGCAAAUUGUGAGGUUGCCUUUCCUUGAAGAACUUGAUCUUACCCGCAACUAUCUCAGCGGUCCAAUUCCUCCAGAAUGGGGUUCAACCAAGAUUCUCAAAAUUUCCCUUCUUGGAAAUCGAUUGACAGGUCCAAUCCCAAAAGCGAUUGGAAACAUCACCACUCUUCAAGAGUUGGUUUUGGAAAUGAAUCAUUUCUCUGGAAAUAUACCUCUAGAACUUGGGAAUUUGGCCAACUUAUCAAGAUUACUUCUUACCUCCAACAACUUUUCUGGGGAGCUCCCAUCUUCACUGGCUAGGAUAACGACAUUAACGGAUUUUCGAAUUGGUGACAAUAACUUUAGAGGACCAAUACCUACGUUUCUUCAGAAUUGGACGAAUCUUGGAAAAAUAGCUAUUCAGGCAAGCGGGUUGAGUGGGCCAAUUCCUUCUGAAAUUGGACUUUUGACAAAAUUAACUGAUGUGAGAAUCAGUGACUUGAAUGGAGGUUCAUCGCGAUUUCCACCACUUAGUACUUUGACAAAGUUGAGAACCCUGAUAUUAAGGAGUUGCAAUAUAACUGGGAUGCUGCCUGACAAUCUUGCUGGGUUGACAGCCUUGAAAACAUUAGACUUUAGUUUCAACAAAAUUACUGGACCGAUACCUCUCAGCUUUGAAGCGUUGAAAAAAGUAGAGAGCAUAUUUCUUGCUGGAAACUUGCUAAAUGGAUCAGUGCCCAAUUGGAUGCUAAAUCAAGGAAAAAGCAUUGAUCUCUCUUAUAACAAAUUUACUCAGAACACUGGUUGCCAAUCACGAAAUUUAAACCUAUUUGCAAGCUCUUCUCAGGACAAUAAUUCUGGAACAGUUUCAUGUUUAGGCUCCUGUCAAAAAACAUGGUACUCUGUCCAUAUCAACUGUGGCGGGAAAGAAGAAUUGAUCAACGGAACAACCAAAUUUGAUGCAGACACAAACACUGGAACAUCAUCAGUGUUUUCUCAAGGUGGAAGCAAUUGGGGAUAUAGCAACACUGGUACUUUUAUGGACGAUGAUCGCUCACCAGAUGAUUUUAUUGCAUUAAACUUAUCUGCUCUCUCGAUGCCAAAUCCUGAAUUGUACGUCAGGGCACGCAUUUCUCCAAUCUCUCUUACCUAUUAUGCAUAUUGCUUGGGUACUGGAAACUACACAUUAAGUCUCCAUUUUGCUGAGAUAGCAUUUACUAAUGAUGAAACAUAUAGAAGCCUUGGCAGACGCUUAUUUGAUGUCUAUGUUCAGGGAAAGCUGGAGUUGAAGGAUUUUAAUAUUGCAGAUGCUGCAGGUGGAAUUGGCAAACCUUUUGUAAAGAAAUUCACAGUUUCUGUGACUAAUGGUACUAUAGAAAUCCGCCUAUUUUGGGCUGGGAAGGGGUCAAAUGCAAUCCCUGUAAGAGGAGUUUAUGGUCCUUUAAUUUCUGCCAUUUCUGUUGAUCCUGACUUUGAGCCACCAUCAGAAGGUGGAAAUGCCAUUUCUGCCGGUGCAGUGGCUGGAAUUGUGGUUGCCGUGGUCUUUGUUAUCCUCUUGGUUCUUGGAGUGCUGUGGUGGAGAGGCUGUCUAAGAAAGCCAAGCACACUCGAGCAAGAGUUGAAGGGUCUAGAUCUUGGAACAGGUUCAUUUUCAUUAAGACAAAUCAGAGAUGCCACUAACAAUUUUGAUGCUGCCAAUAAGAUUGGAGAAGGUGGUUUUGGUCCUGUUUUCAAGGGUGUUCUUGCAGAUGGCACCAUAAUUGCAGUGAAACAACUUUCUUCCAAAUCAAAGCAAGGAAAUCGUGAAUUUGUGAAUGAGAUAGGCAUGAUAUCUGCAUUGCAGCACCCUCAUCUAGUGAAGCUUUAUGGAUGUUGUAUUGAAGGAAAUCAACUUUUGCUAAUAUAUGAGUAUCUUGAAAACAAUAGCCUUGCUCGAGCCUUAUUUGGACCUGCAGAAUCUCAAUUGAAAUUGGAUUGGCCAACUAGGCAAAAGAUUUGUGUUGGUAUAGCCAGAGGUUUAGCAUACCUUCAUGAGGAGUCAAGACUUAAGAUCGUUCACCGGGACAUCAAAGCUACCAAUGUUCUGCUCGAUAAAAAUCUGGAUGCCAAGAUUUCUGACUUUGGUUUGGCCAAGCUGGACGAAGAAGAAAAUACACAUAUCAGCACUAGGGUUGCUGGAACAUUUGGGUAUAUGGCACCAGAAUAUGCCAUGCGCGGCUACUUAACUGACAAGGCAGACGUGUACAGCUUUGGCAUUGUAGCAUUGGAGAUAGUUAGUGGUCGAAGCAACACAAGUUUUCGAACAAAGGAUGAUUGCUUUUACCUUCUUGACCAUGCUAAUACUUUAAAAGAGAAAGACAGUUUAUUAGAGCUUGUAGACCCACGGUUAGGUUCUGAUUUCAACAAGAGAGAGGCAAUGGCAAUGAUCAAUAUUGGCCUCCAAUGCACAAACGUCAUUGCUGCCGACAGACCAGCCAUGUCAUCGGUGGUGAGCAUGUUGGAGGGGAAGGUUGCGGUGAAGGAGGUGGUUUCAGAUCCCAGCAUGUCAAAACAAGAUGUGAAUGCAAUGUGGAGCCAGAUUUAUCGCCAGAAAGGGCAAAUGACGAGCGAGAGCCAGACGCAAAGUUUGACAAUGGAUGGACCUUGGACUGGUUCUUCAACAACUGCCAGCGAUCUCUAUCCCAUAAACAUGGAUUCUAAAUUCUUGGAGAAUAGGAACUAGGGUUGAUAUUACUUUGUCCUGAAUGAUUCUGGUCACAUGCUUUAAUUUAUGCUUGUUCUUUGUUUGUUCUACAUAUGGCUCUUUUAAAAGUAGGCAAAACAAUGCCCAAUGGCCAAUCCCUUGUCAAAUAUUGUAUAUUUGCAUAGAACUUAGUUGUUUUAGUAUGUUUAUAUGAAUUUUGAGUUGAAAUUUAAAAGUUCAAACUA